AUGAACGAUACAGAUCAAGAAAUCACCUGGAAGUGGAAUAAUCCGACUCUAAAUCAAUACAAUACGCUCGAUUUAUAUCUACUCCAUCAACCCACUGAAGGCACUUAUGAAGUCAUUAAAACCUGGCCCGGCCAAGAAAGAACCAAAGGUGUCCUUGUACAACAUAUUGACAAUUCUUGGUACCCAUCUCCAAUCAGCGAUAACUCUCCCAAUGUCUCUUGGAUCAUGUAUUUCUAUAUAGUUGGCGCUGAUUACGAUAUUCAAACAGAUCUUGCAUUAAUACCCACUCAGCAUAACUUUUUUCCUGUACCUCAGAUCUUUACAUUGAUACAAAUUUCUCGUAACACAACUGCAACAACACCAUCAACGACCACGAUGAGUUCCAGUCCAACAUCGGCACCAUCUUCCAUUGCAGCUGCACCAUCUGGGAGUAACAAUAACAACAAAAAACUACCAGGAUGGGCCAUUGCUGUCAUUGUCAUUGCAUCAUUGCUGUUCAUUGCUGCCGUAGCUGCAUUAAUUUGGGCAUACAAGAGGUACAAGAAACGAAGCAACACAAACCGAAGAAGUAUGAUGGCACUUGGUCCCAAUAACGCUGGCGGGGACGAUGAGAAAGUCUUGAUUCUGACACCUACUAAAAAUGAAUCCCAUGUAGCCAUAUCUCAAAACAUUGCUUCUACAGGUACGAGUGGUGGAGCAGCAACUGCUGCUGCCAUGGCUGCUGGUACCGCCGCUGCAACUAAUAGUAAAUCUCGAUCAGGCGAUAUUUCCUCCAUUCAUUCGUCAACACAACAAUUAUGGUCGCCCAGAUCACUGUCUCCACGUCAAGACGAAGCCUCUUUCACAUCAGAAAAGCCGCAAUUGGGCCUCAACAGUGACGCUCAUCAAUCAAGUAGCAUCCUGUCAUCCACAGAUGCGCUCAUGAUUGCAGAUACAUUUAGGCAGUUUAUGAGAAAACCUGAAUGGAAUGAGGAAUUGGAGCUACAAAGACAACAACAAAAAGAAGGAGCAGGAGGAAAUGGCACUGAAGCAGGAGGAGACGCUACUACUGCCACAAAAUCUGAGGAAGAACGCAAAAGAUUAGGGGAUCAAUUGCUUGAACGUCAAUUAAAAAAGGAAGGCACACAGGUGCAAUCCAUUGAUAAAAUCAAUCACUGA